CCGUGGCGGCGGCGGGAGCGGGAGCGGAGCCGAGCGGGGCCCCCGGCCCGACAUGAAGAGCCUCAAGUCCCGCCUCAAGAAGCACGAAGCCGUCAUUGGGGGCAGCGCGCUGAACCCAGACUGGAGCAAAUACGAUGACAGGUUAAUGAAAGCAGCCGAAAGGGGAGAUGUGGAGAAGGUUUCAUCCAUCCUGGCCAAGAAAGGAGUCAGUCCCACAAAGCUGGAUGUGGAGGGGAGAUCCGCAUUCCAUGUUGUAGCAUCCAAGGGAAACCUGGACUGCCUGAACACCAUCCUCGUUCAUGGAGUUGAUAUCACGGCCACUGAUGCUGCAGGGAGGAAUGCGUUGCAUUUAGCUGCAAAAUAUGGACAUGCCUUGUGUUUGCAGAAGCUCUUGCAGUACAAUUGUCCAACGGAGAAUGUGGAUCUCCAGGGAAGAACUGCUCUCCAUGAUGCAGCCAUGUCAGACUGCUCCUCCAGCAUCCAGCUCCUGUGCGACCACGGCGCCGUGGUGAACUCGAAGGACGGGGAUGGGAGGACACCCCUGGUGCUGGCCACUCAGAUGUGUCGUCCCACAGUCUGUCAGCUGCUGAUAGACAGAGGAGCAGACGUCAAUGCCAGGGACAAACAGAACAGGACUGCCCUGAUGCUGGGCUGUGAGUACGGCUGCAGGGAUGCCGUGGAGGUUUUGCUCAGGAAUGGUGCGGAUGUGAGUUUGACUGAUGGCCUUGGGCAUGACUGUGCUUACUAUGCCAGGAUUGGGGACAAUAUUGACAUUUUGGCUUUAAUAAAAGCUGCCCUUGAGGACUCCGGCAAAGGAAGAGACAGCAUGAAGAAAGGGCAGGCUGAGCAAAAGAUUAGCAACAUGUCACAGAAGUGGAGUCGGGGGUUUGUGCAGGAGGAGGUGAAUGUCAAACUGUAUCAGAAGGAACACAGUGCUCAGGACUUGGAGUUGGAAAACCAAGAUCUGAAAGACCGGAUGAGAGAAGUGCAGGAGGAGCAAAGGAUGUUGCUGGACAGAAUCAGUGGGCUACAAAUGCAGCUGAAUGAGGAGCAAAUGUUUGCAGAUGAUCUUGAGAAUGAGAAGGAUGAGUUGAAGAAAAUCCUCACCACCAAGGAGAAGCAACAGGAGGAAAGCUUGAGGACUAUUGAGGCUCUCAAAGCUAAACUCAAAUAUUAUGAAGGGGACUCUGCGGGGUCUGGAAGUAACUUUGGGAAUAGAAAAGAAGAUUCAGUAGUUAAACAAGGCCAAGCAUUUGCCGUGGAAUCACAGUCCAGGUCUAUGCUGAGGCCCCUGGAGCUGUCCCUGCCAGUCCAGUCACCCAGUUCAGAGAAGGAAACCUUAAAGAAAGAACUUGACAACCUGAGGAGCUGCUUUGGGGCAGCCAAGGAAGAAAUCAGCAAACUGCAGAGGGAACUGUCCCUCAAGGCAUCAGAGUGUAAAGCUUUGGCAUCAGAGUGUGAGAGAACCAAGGUGGAAUCUGACGGGCAGAUAAAGCAGCUGGAAGAUGCUUUGAAAGAUGUUCAGAAGAGGAUGUUUGACUCUGAGGGCAAAGUGAAGCAAAUGCAGAGCCACUUCCUGGCUCUGAAGGACCACCUGACCAACGAGGUGGCCUCAGGGAGCACCAGGGUGGCAGAGGAGCUCAGGGAGCAGCUGAAGGAGAUGAAAACCAAGUACGAGGGGGCCUCUGCUGAAGUGGGAAAGCUGAGGAACCAGAUUAAGCAGAACGAACUGCUGGUGGAGGAAUUCAAGAGGGACGAGGGAAGGCUGAUGGAGGAAAACAAGAGGUUGCAGAAGGAAGUUGUGAAGUUGGAGAUGGAGCGAGAUAAAAGGGGGAGGAACGUCACGGAGUUGGAAGGGCAGCUCAAGGAAACGGCGGCCAAGCUGGCCCAGUCUGUGGCUGCAGAGAGGUUUGAGAACAUGAAGGGUUUGCUGUCAAAUGAGGUGAAUGAGAAAGCCAGGAGGUUAUCAGAGGUGGAAGGAGAGCGGGAAAAGCUGCAGGCAGAGAUUGUGCUUUUAAAGAGGGAGUGUGAGAGCCAGAAGGCUGCCCUGGCUCAGCACGUCAGGCCAGAGGAGCACGAGCACGUGAGGAGUGGGCUGGAGCAAAGGAACCAGGAGCUGGGGAAGGCAGUUGCUGAGGUGUCACAGAAGAACGAGGCUCUGCAGAAGGAACUGGAAAGAUUGCAGGCUGAUAACAAGGUGCUGAAGCAGCAAGUCCAAGUGCUAAAAACUGAAAUUAAAAGCCAGAAUGUGCCUUUAAAAAUUCAUGAAGAAUUGAAGAAAACAAACGAUCAGGCUGUGGGGGACCUGACCAAAAAGCUGUUUGAAAUAACAAAGAAGUACAAUGAAAGCAAAGCGGAAGCUGAAAAGUUGCUGGCAGAGAAGAACAACUUAAGUGAGAAUAUUGACCACUUCCAAGCUGUGUAUGUGUCUCCAGAGCAGCACAAAAAAGAAGUGGAAGCUUUAAAAUCUAAUGGGAUCGAGCUUGAAAAGCAGCUCGUUGAGCUUCAGAAAAAAUAUGAUGAUGAACAGGCAAAAGUGAGCAAACUGGUGUCUGAGAACACAGUCAUAAGGGAGACCCUGAGGGAUCAGUAUGUGCUGGCUACGACACACGAGGAGGUUAAAUCAGUCCUGAACAACACCCUGGAAAAGACCAAUGGGGAGCUGUCAGACCUGAAGGGGAAAAUUGGGGAGAUAAAACAUGAAUUCCUGAAGGUAAACGAGGAAAAUGGAGCUUUGAAAAACAAGGUGAAACUCUUACAGAAUCAGUUAAAAACAGAGUAUAUAAGUUUAAAAGAUCACGAAAGUACAGUAAGUGCUUUAAAUAAAAGUGUGCACGAACUGCAGGAGAGCAAUGCUGCGGUCAGGGCUGAGCAUCAGAGGGGGCAGGAGGAAAUUUCACAGUUGCACGCGGAAAUUGAGGCCCAAAAGAAGGAGCUGGACACAAUUCAAGAGUGCAUAAAGUCAAAAUACGCCCCGGUUGCCUCCUUUGAGGACAGAGAGCAGAGCUUUGAAGCCACGGUGAAGGAAUUGAGGGCACAGUUGCAGGAACAGGAGCAGAAGCGCAGGGAAAGCGAGGAGGAAACCAAGAAGUUCAAAGAGGAGAAUGAGAAGCUCAAACAUGGCUUUUUGUCCAUCCAGAAUGACUUGCAGCAGAAUUACAUCCUGGCUGAGAAAUCCCACGAGAUGGAGAAGAUGUUUGCCAGCAGGAUGGAGGAGCUGAACGAGCAGCUGAGAGGGUUGGUACGGAAAUACACGGGGCAGGAGGAGCAGGGAGGGGAACUGCAGGAGCCCAGGGCUCUGCAGCCUCAGCACCUCUCAGGAGAACACAUGGAGGCCUUGAAGGAGGCUCUGGGUCACACUGUGGAGGACCUGAAGGAAGCCCUCAGGAGUAAGAAGGAAUGUUACGAGCAAGAAACACUAAAAGUAGGAGAGCUGCAGCAGGAACUGUCAGCUCUGAAGGAGUCUUCAGUACCUCUGGUGGAACACACACAGAUGAAGGAAAUGCUGGAACGAGAAAUGGCAGCAGUCAAAGCCAGCUUGAGAGAAAAGGAGGGAGAAAACCAAGUGAAGAGCGAGGAAAUGUCGAAGCUGCAGGCUGAGCUCCAGCUGAGCCAACAGGCCCUGGCGGAGCUGGGGAGCAGGGAAGUGGUUGGCAUGGCAGAGUACACCUCCAUGAAGAGCUCUCUGGAGGCCCAGAUCAGCAGCAUAGCUGAAAAUCUGUCCAGCAUGAGUAAGAAGUACGAGGAGGCGUGUGAGGAGGCUCUGCAGGCGAGGAGGAGCGAGCUGUCCCUGAAGGAUGAGAAGGAGCUGCUCCAGCUGCGGAGCUGCAGCAUCGAGCAGGAAAUCAAAGACCAGAAGGAAAGGUGUGAUAAAUCACUGACAACCAUUAUUGACUUGCAGAAGAGAAUCCAGGAGUCUGCAAAGCAGGUGGAAGCCAAGGAUAACAAGAUCACAGAGCUGCUCAAUGACGUGGAGCGGUUAAAGCAGGCUCUCAAUGGGCUGUCUCAGCUCACGUACACCGGGAUCCCCUCCAAGAGGCAGAACCAGCAGGUGGAAAUGCUCCAGAACCAAGUGAAAGCACUCCAGCAGCAGCUGGCUGAUGCCAAGAGGCAGCACCAGGAGGUGGUUUCGGUGUAUCGGACACAUCUUCUCAGUGCUGUGCAGGGCCACAUGGAUGAGGAUGUCCAGGCUGCUCUGCUCCAGAUCAUCCGGAUGAGACAGGGGCUGGUUUGCUGACCUGCUGUGUCCUGUGGGAGUGCUGUGGCUGUGGGAGUGAGAACCCCCAUGAGAUUUAUAUAAUGGUGAUGAUAUAGCUGCAAUUAGAACCUCCAAAUAUGAAACAACUUACAAAGCUGAAGCAUUUUCUUCUUGUAAAACACUAAAAGAGGGCUCCAUUUCAGGCCUGACUCCUUUUGCAUUAAUGAAUAAAAGAUGUAGAACAUCUUUUAAAACUGGUGUCAAACUGACUGUCAAAAUGAUGACAUGGUAGCUAAAUUAUUUUAAUGUCUGAUUGACCCUUACUAAAGCAAGGCCUACACCCAGAGCCUCCACUUUACCCUCUGACUUGAACUCUCGUGGUGUGGUUAAAAAUAAACUUCACAGGAGCAUGGCUGAGUAUUGGGGCUGUAUCUCCUUUAAUGAUUAAGAGAAGGUAGCUAAUUGGUCACAUUAGCUGACCAGGGUGUGCUGUGACCCAAAGUCAGCUGCAGAGGUAGACAGAAGGUGUUUAGGUGUCUGUUGUAACUUGGCUGGCCAAGUUACAGCCUUUAUUUAAUAUAUAAGCUUAAGAUUUAGUGCCUUUGCUUUUUACAAGACUUAAAAAUCAGGUGUUUCCAUCAGAACACUAACACUCCCCUUCCCCCCUCCCCCAAAAUCUUUCCUGAGUGCUUUAAUACUGAUUCCUGCAGGCUGGAAGAGUGGAACUGGGGUGUCCUGGUUUGUGGAACAGCGUUUUGAUUCCAGUGCCACAGUCCUGCUGCUGGAUAAUUUCAUCCUUCAUUAGGCCUGGGGGGUGUGGGCUGAGCAGCUCAUUAAGCUGCACAACAGUUCAGGUAUUGGAUUUUCAGCUCCCGGAAUUUUAAGGUGUAAAUUAUGUACUGUAAUCUUAUUUAUGGGGGAAGAUGCCAAUAGUGAGGAUUAAUGAAAGGAGAAUUUUUAAUUGCUUGGGAUCUACCCAUUAAACAAGGCUGCAUUUUUAACUGAAGGACGGUGCUUCCACAAGGAAGUUUAAUGAAAGAAAACAUGAAAUUUGGGACUGUUUGAAGGAAGUAAUUGAAAAAUGAGCCUGGUAAUGAAUGGGGCUGUUUUAAACUGAGCAAAGCCUGUGCUGACCUCACCCUACUUGGUUAAAGCAUUUGCUGAUAACCACCAGGUGGGAAUCUGGCAUCCUGAGGCAGAAGAGACUCCUCCUCUCCCAUAGUCCUCAAAAGUAAGGACUGAAGUCAGAGUGCAGAGUUCUCUGCUUGGUUUUAACUGGGCUCCCCAACCAGCUGCACCUCCCAGGCCUCCCUUUUUUACAGUAGUAUUAUGUUUCUUUCCUUUUUUAUCCCUUUUUGGGCAGAGUCUUGUAGAAUUGAAGAGGCAACUGCCACGUGGAGACUCCAGACAGUGAGGGAUGUGCAGGACAGUUUUUAUUCUAGAAAUACACUUAAUAUAUUUACUAAAUAUGUGUCUGUAGUUGAACAGAUCUGCUGCUGCUUUCCUUUAAUUUCUUAGAGGACUAUUACAGAAAACAUCUCAGUGUAUAGAUGUUCCUUUUUAGCCAAACUCUUUUAUGAUUGCAUUACUUGAAACUUUUUGGAGAGGAUUUGUUUUGUUAUACUAACUCUGGCAUAUUUUGGUAUUGUAUCAAAAUGUUCCUUAACCGGGGGGUUCUCUGUGAGUUUUUCUAAAUCUCUCCCAUUUUACAUCAUCAAUAAAUUGUUUUCUUCUUUUU